AUGCUCAGUCUGGAGAGAAAGUGCUUUGAUUUGGCAAAGAGGGAUGCAGGCAAAGGUUUGCAGACCUCGAAGGAGAAAGGGUCAAGACCAUGGAAGGUGUCCUAUGCAAAUGGGGACACGUACGAGGGAGAAGCAAUCGGACCCACACCUGCGCAGUGCUUGCGCCACGGGUACGGCGUGUACACCUACAGUGGCGGAGGGCGCUAUGAGGGCGAAUUCGUGGAAGACCGCAAGCAGGGCUGGGGCUCGUUUUUCUUUGAGAACGGGGAUGCCUACGAGGGUCAAUGGUACUUCGACCAGAUGCAUGGCCAUGGCGUUUUGGCGCAUUGGGCACCAGACCAGGGAGUCCUUGUUUACGAGGGCGAGUUCCGGAGUGGACAGCGCAGUGGCAGCGGCCGCUUGAUGGUCCGCGAGGGCGGUGGCCUCUUUGGCUCCUGGGAGGAUGGGUUGCUAGUGCAUGGGGUGGAGUUGGAGUUUCCCGAGCCAGAGGAAAUGGCGGUGAGAGUCUUAAGCGACACACAAACCUUGCUGGGCGGAAACCCUGCAGAGUGGCAACCAUCAGAGGUCCGCACUUGGCUGCAUGGACUGGGCUUAGAAGAAGCACCAGAGAGGGCCAUGGCCCCCUCUGGUGGUGCACAGUUGUUGCAGGCUCAGCCGGAGGACCUUGUGCAGGGUGGACAGGUGAGCAGCAGCAGAUCAGAGCUAACAGCCUGGAAGUCAACACUGGAGGCCGCUCACCAAGCCUUGGUCGAUGCCUGUCAAGAUGUAUUGCCACCAAUAGGCUGCUGGGAGCAGCUGCAAGUGGUUUUUCCCGCUGUGAAGCAGCGCUUGGUGCCUCUUGCGGAGCUCACAAUGCACGGACAGCGGCUGGGAGAAUGGAAGGGCCUCACUGUAGAGCUCUUGCCGAUGCCUGUGCAGUUGCCCUUUGCACACGUAGGAGCUCCUGGUAGUGGUGCUGUGCGGUUUGCGGCAGCAAAGGAUUGGGUCCAUGACCUUGAGAUUCUUGCUACUCUGCGGCAUCCAAACCUCCGACCUUUGUUGGGCAUCACACUUACGCCAGAAGGGGCAGCGGCGCAGCUGAACAUGAUCUCCGAACCUGGCAGAAACGGAAAACUGCUGUUUGAGCUGAUCCAUGCAAGCUUCUCCGACGGCAGCAGACAGCCAUUGGACUUCAGGACUGAGCUGCAGAUCAGUUUGGGCAUUUGUGAGGGCAUGGCCGCUUUGUGCACGCGCGGACUGGCACACGGUGCUCUGUGUUCUGUGAAUGUCGAAGUCUUGCAAGCAGCUGGUGGCUGUCAUGCCCGACUCUGUGGCCUUGGCGUCUCAUGGUGGCGAUGGGGCUGGCAAAGAUGCCUCAAGGUCCGCGGCGCUCAAGCCAAGCGCUGCGCUUUGGGCGUUGAGGAAGUGGUGAAAAAGUAUGCCAUUUGUCCCGUGAAUUGGAUGGCUCCAGAAUUGCUGCGUGGACAUCGGCCCAGACAAGCAUCGGACGUUCACUCGUUUGGGCUCAUCUUGUGGGAGAUGCUCUUCAGGGCGGUGCCAUAUGGUGAAUUUUCCAUCGCCCAGAUAAUUGCAACCGUUGGAUAUGGUCGACACCAGCUCCGUACUGCUGCUGCACCCAGUGCGUCUGCGGGCCGUGUCUUUCUUCACGAGGUCGCGGAUCAGUGUAUGCGGUGGGAUGUGGCGGAGCGGCCUUCAUUCUCCUUGUUGCUUGAAAGCCUUCGAGAAACACGGCAAGCUGAUGAACGACGACGUGCAAAAAAGGGUAUGCUUGGCCGCCUGGGUGGCACCACAGAGGCUCUUUUGUCUGGCCGCUUCAGCACCUCCAGCACACCUCUGCCAACAGAUGGGCCACGCAUGGUGCGCUUGGAGACAGGUGAAUGGCUUCGAGUGGAUGAGGAUUUGGUGGAGCAAUAUCCAGACGACGAGGAGAAAUGGCGAACCCUGAUGGCUUUUCGAGCAAAGUUGGCAAACCAGCCACAGCCGAGCGAUGUUGAAGCCACUGAGGGCGUUCGGUGA